AUGGAUGAAAUAUAUCCUGCUUUUGCUAUGACAAGCAGUAUGAAUAUGGAUGAAAAUUCAAGUUACAAUGUGUUUGCUGACAAGUCACCUAUACUAGAUGCAACUGACAGCCUCACCAAUGUAGAUAAUUUACAUUCCGACAGUGAAGAUGAUCUUCCAUCAUAUGGAUUUAAUUGGACUCCGAACUUAAAAGAAGCUCAGAAAGUGGAAUUUAAUGUAGAAGAAGCACGUGCAAAACGCAGGAAAGAUGAAGAAUUCUUUGCUCGAAUGGAUAAGUUAGAUGAUCUUUUGAAGAAAGAUGAAACAAAAGUAAGCACUACUACAACUUUUGGAAUUAAAGAUGUAAAGUCAGAAGAUGAAGAUGUUCAAUUCAUCUUCAGAAAAGCUAAAGAGAUGAAAGUUGAAGAAUUUACUGUUAAAAAUGCAUCGCGAUAUGAGAUAAUAAAUCAUGAACUAUCAUUGAAAAUAUUCAAUCACAAAACUCUUACAUUGGGCAAUUUUUUACAGAAAUGUUCUUUAGAGAGAAAACCAAAAUUGGUCUCUUCUGCUUUUGAUGAUGUGAAUCGUAGUGUAUUUGAUCCAUCAUUGUGGAGUCCAGAAGAUCAAGAAGGAAUAUGUUUUUUCCUAUUCUUGAUUAUGUCAGUUCACCCUAAAUAUGAUGCUGUGAAUUUCUGUUACCGUACAUUGAUUAAUGAAAGUCGUUUUUCUCCAUGUUUCACUGAUUUUAUCAAUGUAUUCCGAAAUUGGGGUUAUGAUUUACAAGUUUUAUAUAAAACUGUUCCAGAUAUAUAUACAGGAUUACACAGUUGUUUUGAGGAUAAAAGACCUGAAGUGAAUGGGGAAGUGAAGGAACACAAUAUGUCAUUUAUAUUCUUAUACUUGACAUCUAUUGUUAGACGUCAACCUCCAGACACUUUUCUUUAUUUGAUUGAACCUCUUUUGAGACUGUAUUUUGAUAUGAAAAUCUACUCCAGUUCCUUGCAGCUUUCUAUUAUUGAUAUUACGAUUUUUCUGACUGGAGUAAGUCAUGCACCUAAGGAACUUAUGCCUAGAAGAGUGUCAGUGAAAGAUGUACAUAUAAAAAAUCUUUCCUUAAUACAACAAACAGAGAUAUGCACACAGAUUUUUUAUCGCACUUGUUUUGGGUUUCCUCUAGGAUUUGCUAUUUUGCAACAAUUCCUUGGUUGCCCAAAGAUAACAUACUGCCUGGAAGUUAAUUUGAAAGCAGUAUCCACAUUGCUUUCUGAGAAAAGAAAUAUUAUUGAAACAUCUACUUUCCUGGAAAUAUUUUGUUACUUGGAAAUUGUAAGCAUGUUUCUCUUUCACUGUGAUCUUGUUACUUUUAAAGACCACACACAACAAAUAAACUAUAAUACCUGGCAUGAUUUACUUCACGAUUGGUUAUUACGAAUUUCACACAAAGAGCUAGUAACUGAUCCAAUACUAUUGAAGGAAAAAAUAUCAAAGUUAAAGUAUCAGUUACGAAUGAAGCAGGCAAUUCAAAUGAGACACCAUCGUGAUAUCAGUUUGCAGAUGUCUGGUGAUAAUUCGUAA